UAGCACGUGAAAUACUAAUAAAUACAGUGUUGUGAGUAAAAAGGCGCCGAAACUAAUCAAUGGAAACCCUCCGCUUGUUUGAAAAGAGGAAACGCGCAGUCAUUGGCUGGCACUCAUGCGCUGACGUCACGUACUAACCAAUCACAAGGCCUGCGUCAUCGCGCACAAUGGGCUCGUGGCGCUCCAAUGCUUUAAAAUCGGCCGUUUAAUACAGAGAGCAGCAUUUCCAGCAUUAGCAGGACAAAGAGAAGAAACUCGCAACAAUGGCAAGAACCAAGCAGACCGCUCGUAAAUCCACCGGUGGUAAAGCCCCGAGGAAGCAGCUCGCUACUAAAGCCGCUCGUAAGAGCGCUCCGGCCACCGGCGGCGUCAAGAAGCCUCACCGCUACCGGCCCGGGACCGUGGCUCUGCGGGAGAUCCGCCGCUAUCAGAAGUCCACCGAACUGCUGAUCCGCAAACUGCCCUUCCAGCGGCUGGUGAGAGAAAUCGCUCAGGACUUCAAGACAGACUUGCGCUUCCAGAGCUCCGCUGUCAUGGCCCUGCAGGAGUCCAGCGAGGCUUACUUGGUCGGUCUGUUCGAGGACACCAACCUGUGCGCCAUCCACGCCAAGAGGGUCACCAUCAUGCCCAAAGAUAUUCAGCUGGCCCGCCGCAUCCGCGGAGAGCGCGCUUAAACCGGCGUCUGAUUCAACCCACAACGGCUCUUUUAAGAGCCACUAAAGUUUAACUGAAUGAGAGAAUCUCUAAUAUAACAUUAAAAUUAAGUGUAAAUUAAGCAUCAGGGUCCUGCGCAGCAUAUUUGAGUAAAUUAACUUCCAGGUCUGAAUAAUCAGGAGAUGCAGUACAGUAUUUUGAACACACUCAGCGUUUAGCAGUUAACUGCUGUAACAUUGUUUUGUUUUUUUGACUAUUUAUUAUGGGAUGACAAUCGCUUAAUGUUCAUUUGGAACAAAUACUCACUUUGGACGUUAAAUGCUAAAUAUACUUUAUAUAUUAAAAUUCAAAAUAAAUGCAAAAAAGGUGCAACUUGUAUUGCUCAUUCACAAAGACCCUGGUAGCUUUUUGCCACAAAAU